CAUACCCCUGUCUCAACCGAAGACAAAGCAAAGAAAUCGCGGUCGACCAGUUUCCAACAUCGAUUGUACCUUUUGAGCUUUACCCCUCGCGCCAUGUCCAUCGUCAACAUCACCAGUGUCUCCGUCCUUCAAAAUCCUGCAAAGUUUACAGACCCUUAUCGAUUCAAAAUCACAUUUGAAUGCAUCGCGCCACUCGAGGAUGAUAUUGAAUGGAAGCUGAUUUACGUGGGCUCAGCAGAAAGUACCGAUAAGGAUCAAGAGCUCGACACCUGCAUGGUCGGUCCAGUUCCAGUAGGCGUCAACAGUUUUGCAUUUGAGGCAGCAGCUCCAGAUCCUUCCCGUAUCCCUUCCCAGGAGCUCGUCGGCGUCACUGUAAUCCUCCUCACGGCCUCUUACAAAAACAAGGAAUUUGUUCGCGUCGGCUAUUAUGUCAAUACCGAGUAUGAUGACCCUCAACUGCGCGCACUCUACUCCGACUCGGAAGUGAUUAACGAGGAAAUGAUCAAAUCGCGUCCAAACCCACCUGUCAUCAGUAAACUGAUGCGUAAUGUCCUUGCUGAAAAACCCCGAGUCACCCGCUUCAAGAUCACCUGGGACGCGCCUGUUUUGCCUGCCUCGACUCCCAUCCUUCAAGCUGGGGUCGACACGGCUGAGGCACCUCUGGACAUGACAUCACAAUUAUCUGGAUCGGAGUACCUAGCAGCUGCUAACCCUUUCUCACCUAUCCCGGUAGAGCAUCAAGCUCCAGCCGUGGCUGUGCCUCUUAAUAAUGGCUUACCACAACAGCACAUCGUUCCCGAAAGCCUGUCAAUUCCUGCGGACACCCCAGCAAGUUGAUACUUGUUCACCCAUUCUGACAGGCGACCUUGCAUAGUCUGGCUAUACUGUACUUGACCUGAUCUAGGAUCCCAGGAACAUGAGAUGCUAAUCUUCACGAUCUAGGAAGGCAGCUAUUUUUUCCCCUUUAUCUUGUGUUUCGUUCAUUUUGAUACUGGGUUCACAUGAAGUCCUAUUUCUUGAUUGGAGUACGUUGCUAUGGAUUCAUCUGGGUUGUGCUGCAUUGUUUGUUUGCGUAUGGAAAUUGCUGCGUCCAUUUACUACAAGAGUAUGGUCAAGUUAUGGGGUACUUACAGCGACUUGUAUCUUUGAGCUCUAUUUCAAACCUAAAAAAUUGACGUUGUGUAAUUCUCAUGAGGUUU